UCACCUCACUUCGUUAAUCGGCUCUUUCGCGAACGCCUACAACUUUUACACCUAAAUUUUACUAUGUCUGAACCGCAAACCAAGAUACGCCACCUUUCGCAACAUCGGCACCUCCACGCGCACUAUUCCACACCCUCAAUAUCGCCAGUAGCUCCAUACCCACGCACGAGAAUUUUCACAGUAAACCCACCUAGUUCCCCUUCUCAACGCGGCAACUCAGCGCGAUAAGUCGAGCAACCGCAUCUCGUUACCGAAAAAA